CAGGGCUUAAUGUUUUGAUAUGCUGUGCUUUCUGUUUUACCACGGGAUGCUGUGAAGGCCGCUCAGUCAAGCUCCAAAGUUGUGACAUGGAUGCAAUGACCUAUGAUGAUGUGCAUGUGAACUUCACUCGAGAAGAAUGGGCUUUGCUGGAUCCUUCACAGAAGAGUCUCUACAAAGAUGUGAUGCUGGAGACCUACAGGAACCUCACUGCUAUAGGCUACAAUUGGGAAGACCAUACUAUUGAAGAACAUUGUCAAAGUUCUAGAAGACAUGGAAGGCAUGAAAGAAGUCAUACUGGAGAGAAAAUCUCUGAAUAUACUCCAUGUUGUAAAUCCUUUGCAUAUCAAAGUCACCCUCAAAGGAAUGAAAGAAUUCAUACUGGAGAGAAACCUUAUAAAUGUAAUCAAUGUUGUGAAGUCUUUGCACGUUACAGUCAUCUCCGAAUACAUAAAAGAACACAUACUGGAGAGAAACCCUAUGAAUGCAAUCAAUGUGGUAAAGCAUUUGUAUGUCACAGUCAUCUCCAAAUACAUAAAAGAACACAUACUGGAGAGAAACCCUAUGAAUGUAACCAAUGUGGUAAAGCCUUUGUAUGUCACAAUCAUCUUCGAAUACAUAAAAGAACGCAUACUGGAGAGAAGCCUUAUGAAUGUAACCAAUGUGGUAAAGCCUUUUCAUAUUACAAUAGUCUCCAAGUACAUAACAGAACACAUACUGGAGAGAAACCUUAUGAAUGUAACCAGUGUGCUAAAGCCUUUGUAUGUUACAGUCAUCUCCAAAUACAUAAAAGAACACAUACCGGAGAGAAACCUUAUAAAUGUGAUCAAUGUGAUAAAGCCUUCUCAUAUCAUAAUAGUCUCCAAAUUCAUAAAAGGACACAUACUGGAGAGAAACCCUAUGAAUGUGAUCAGUGUGGUAAAGCCUUUGCACGUCACAGUCAUCUCCAAAUUCAUAAAAGAACACAUACUGGAGAGAAACCCUAUGAAUGUAACCAUUGUGGCAAAGCCUUUGCACGUCACAGUAGUUUCCAAGUACAUAAAAGGACACACACUGGAGAGAAACCCUACGAAUGUAACCAAUGUGGUAAAGGCUUUGCACGUCAAAGUCAUCUUCAAAGGCAUGAAAAAAUUCAUACUGGAGAGAAAUCUCAUGAAUGUAAGACAUGUGGUAAAGCCUUUGCAUGUCACAGUUAUCCUCAAAGGCAUGGAAUAAUUCAUACUGGAGAGAAACCCUAUGAAGUUACUCAGUACGGUGAAGGCUUUGUUCAUCACAGUCUCCAAAUGCAUGAAAUAACACAUACUGGAGAGAAACCCUACAAAUGCAACCAAUGUGGUAAAGCUUUUGCACAUCAUCGUAAUCUUGGAAUGCAUAAAAUUAUACAUACUGGAAAGAAACCCUACAUAUGCAAUCAAUGUGGUAAAGCCUUUACACGACAUAGUCAUCUCAAAAUGCAUCAAAUAACGCAUACUGGAGAGAAACCUUACAAAUGUGAUCAAUGUGGUAAAGCCUUUGCUUAUCAUAGUUAUCUUCAAGUGCAUAAAAGAACACAUACUGGAGAGAAGCCCUAUAAAUGUAAUCAAUGUGGUAAAGCCUUUGCAUAUCAAAGUUAUUUCCAAAUACAUAAAAGAAUACAUACUGGAGAGAAACCCUAUGAAUGUAAGCAAUGUAGUAAGUCCUUUGCCUCUCAUGGUCAACUUCAAAGUCAUGAAAGAAUUCAUAAUGGAGAAAAACCCUACAAGUGUAAUCAAUGUGAUAAAGUCUUUGCACAACAGUGUCACCUUCGAAUGCAUAAAAGAACACAUACUGGAGAGAAACCUUACAAAUGUAAUCAAUGUGAUAAAGCUUAUUCACGACACAGUAAUCUCCAAAUUCAUAAAAGCACACAUACUAGAGAGAAACUCUAUGAAUGCAAGAAAUGUGAUAAAGCCUUUACAUACCAUUAUGAACUUCAGAAUCAUAAAAGAAUGCAUACUGGAGAGAAAUCCUAUGAAUGUAAUCAAUGUGGUAAAGCCUUUGCACUUCAAUGUAAUCUUCGAAUGCAUAAAAUAAUACAUAUUGGAGAGAAGCCCUACAAAUGCAAUCAAUGUGAUAAAGCCUUUUCACGACACAGUUCUCUCUACAUUCAUUAUAGAACACAUACUGGAGAGAAACCUUAUGAAUGUAAUCUAUGUGGUGAAGCCUUUGCAUAUCAUAAUUAUCUCCAAAUACAUAAAAGAAAACAUACUGGAGAGAAACCCUAUGAAUGUAAUCAGUGUGGUAAAGCCUUUUCACAACAGGGUCAUCUCCAAGUGCAUAUGAUAACACAUACUGGAGAGAAACCCUAUGAGUGUGAUCAAUGUGGUAAAGCCUUUGCAUAUCAUAAUAGUCUCCAAGUACAUAAAAGAACACAUACUGGAGAGAAACCCUAUGAAUGUGAUCAGUGUGGAAAAGCCUUUGCACAUCGUUGUCAUCUCCAAGUACAUAAAAGAACACAUACCGGAGAGAAGCCUUACAAAUGUGAUCAAUGUGAUAAAGCCUUUGUAGGUCAGAAUGAUCUUAAAAGACACGAAAGAAUUCAUACUGGAGAGAAACCUUACAAAUGUAAUCAAUGUGGUAGAGCCUUUGUAUGUAAUGCUAGUCUCCGAAUACAUGAAGCCACCCAUACUGGAGUGAAACCUUAUGAAUGUAAGCAAUGUGGUAAAUCCUUUGCCACUCAUGGUCAACUUCAAAAACAUGAAAGAAUUCACACUGGAGAGAAACCUUACAAAUGUAAUGAGUGUGAUAAAGCCUUUGUAUAUAACACUAGUCUCCUCAUACAUAAAGCAACACAUACUGGACUGAAACCUUAUGAAUGUAAGUACUGUAGUAAAUUCUUUGCCUCACAUGUUCAACUUCAAAAACAUGAAAGAAUUCAUACUAGAGAGAAACCUUUAAAAAUGUAGUCAAUGUGGUAAAGCCUAUUCACAAUUAAGUCAUCCCCAAGUACAUAAAAGAACACAUAUUAAAGAGUAAACCUAUGAAUGU